CGGCUGAUGGGAAGAAAUAAAGGUUAGACGAGAGACUGUUCGAGGGUCUGAUGCACCAGUGAGGAGGGGGCAAAGAGGACUGCCCACAGAAACGAGUGGAAGUAAAGCCUCAACAUGUGUUUCUGUCACGUUCUGGACCUGUUAGACCAGGCCUGAUGAUGGAGAGGUGUUCAAAUCCACGUUAACGCGGACAGGAGUGUUUGUCAUGUGAGUCACGACUCCUGUGGCGGAGAGAACGCACUCCAGAGAACGUAGUGCUCGUGUACAGGGAUGUUCCAGCGACGUUCCAGCGACCUGCGAGUGAAAAAAUAGCCAACUUGAGAAUUAUUGUUGGAGGAGAGCCGUGUAUAACAACUCAAUGCUUCAUCUUAUAAGGCAUAAGACGAAUCUCAAGAAGUUUUAAAAGUGGAUUUUGACAUUCAGAGAAACAACUGUGGAGACGGAUGCUCCGCUGAGACUUUUUUGAAUGUGAAGGUUCCUAUUGGAUUUUGUUCGAAAACCCCUGUGGCAUUGAUAGAUGAACAAAUGACAUCUUUGAGAAGAACUGAAAUAUAUGAAAUAGUGAGUGCAUCAGCCAUCUUUUGGGGCCUUUGCUAUCGUGGGAUAAUCUGUAGAUACUAAACUGCCUCAUCGUUUAAUCUUAAAAACAUCCUGUUUUUCUGAGUCAGCGUAUUAUUUUUCUUCUUCCCAACCUGAUUCUUGCUCGUUUGUCUUUAGUUUCUUAUUUUCGAGACAUUAUGAAAGUAGCAUUCAGACAUCUAAGAAGGUGUUAAAAGCCUCAAGGAACCCUUGUCAAUCUCAGUCGUGGCUCUCACCGUUGAGGAAUGGGGUAACACACAGAGAGAUGGUAGUCACACAGUUAGAGCUGGAGCUCUGUUAUCAGGGGAAGAAGCUCAGAGGUUUUACCUGCAAGCUCACCCGGUCGGCUCAUGGCUUCCUACCGGAGAGCUCUUACAUCAUUGCUGCACAGGUCUUUCUGCCGUUUCUUCUGGGCGGGCUGGGUAUGGUGGCGGCCGGCAUCAUCAUGGAUAUUGUCCAACAUUGGGAUGUGUUUAAAGUGAUCACGGAGGUGUUCAUCCUGGUACCUGCUCUAGUCGGGCUCAAGGGAAACCUGGAGAUGACUCUAGCAUCUCGUCUCUCUACUGCUGCUAACACCGGACAGAUGGACGACCCCAAACAGCAGUGGCUGAUGGUGACCUGUAAUCUUGCUCUCAUUCAGGUUCAGGCCACUGUGGUGGGUUUCCUGGCAGCUCUUGCGGCCGUAGGUCUUGGUGCUUUGUCCAGAGGGGGUGUAGAGCUGGACCAGGCGGCUGUCCUGUGUGCUAGCAGUGUCACCACCGCAUUUGUGGCAGCUCUCUUUUUAGGGCUGGUGAUGAUUGGUGUGAUCAUCGGCUCCAGGAAGGUGGGCAUCAACCCUGAUAACGUGGCCACACCAAUAGCAGCCAGUCUGGGAGAUCUCAUCACUCUUUCUCUAUUGGCUGGAGUCAGCAGCACACUGUUCCAGUACAGAGAUGUGUGGUACUUGUCCCCGUUGGUGUGUGUCUUUUUCCUGCUGCUCAUUCCUCUCUGGGUGCUCAUCGCUAGAAAGAGUCCACAGAUUAAAGAGGUUCUGAAGUCGGGCUGGCAGCCUGUUUUAGUGGCCAUGUCCAUCAGCAGUUUCGGAGGCCUUAUUCUUGAUAAGACUGUGAGCGAUCCGAACUUCGAGGGCAUGGCGGUCUUCACACCAGUCAUAAACGGUGUGGGGGGGAAUCUGGUGGCCAUCCAGGCCAGUCGGAUCUCCACCUACCUUCAUUUGUGGAGCGUACCUGGAGUCCUGCCCUAUAAGAUGAGAAAGCACUGGCCCAACCCCUGUGCCACAUUCUUCUCCUCAGGUGUGAACUCGAAGUCGGCGCGGGUGCUGUUCCUCCUGGUGGUUCCAGGUCAUCUGUUGUUUCUUUUUGCCAUUAAUAUGCUCCAAGGAGGCCACACUGCCAUCACACCAGCAUUUAUCUGCUGCUACCUGGGUGCUGCUUUGCUUCAGGUCGGGAUCCUCAUUUAUACAGCAGACCUGAUUGUGCGUUUGAUGUGGAGAAAAGGUCUGGAUCCAGAUAACUUCUCCAUCCCAUACCUGACUGCACUGGGAGACCUGUUGGGCACGGGUUUCCUGGCCUUGUGUUUCCGUCUGGUCAUGUUAGUGGAGGGGCUAGGCUUGUAAAAUGCUAGACCUCCUCCUCCCCCCACUCCCACUCCCAGUUCACGGGACCUUAGCCACCCAGCCUGGUUGCAAUGCUUUGGAGAUGCGAACUUGUCUGUGGGAAGCUAAAGACAGAAAAUGAGCCACAUUGUUUCUGUGCUUACAGGACAUGUUGAGUGGAAAUAUGAAAUACAUCGGCAGGUAUGGACUUAAUAUCUGACGGUCCGUAAUAUGAUUAUACUCUUGGUGUGUUGUCCUGUUGCCUCAGUGAUGCUGCUUUCAUAAACACUAGUCACCUGAUAACUGUAUAACUUUAGGUGCUCCACAAUUUUUUAUGUGCCAUGUAUAGACUGAAUUUGAAGUUUACAAGAUUUAAGACCUUGAAGGAUUCUGGGAUGUUUGUUUUAGUCAAAUAUUGUUUUUGAGUGUCUGAUUUAGGAUCUAAAGUUUCAAAACUUUGAAGGUCAUUCCUUUUGCUGUUAUAGUAACUACAUACAAAAUCAUAAUUGCUGCUAGAUAUUUUUACUGGAUACUAUAUCUCAUAUACACAGGGGGUCUAACGUACCUCUCCGUUUGUAAUUUUUUUGCACCUGAAAUAUUUUUUCUCAAAAUACUACACUUUGAAAAAAGACAAAAUCUUAUAUUUAUAUAGUGAUCCUGUAGCUCAAUUGGUAGAGCAUUGCAUGAUCAAGCACAAGGUUGGGGGUUUGAUUCCCCGGGAACACAUGAUAGGUAAAAAUUGAUAGCCUGAAUGCACUGUAAGUCGCUUUGGAUAAAAACGUCUGCUAAAUGCAUUAAUUUAAAUUUAAUUUAUAUAAUGAAUGUAAAUGGUUGUUCACUUGAAUGAAUUGAUGACAAUGAUAUUGUUCAUGUGGCAAUUUUAUUCAACACAUUUGUAAUAUCUUUACUCUGAAUUAGAAUUAACCUUCUUUCAUGACUUUUCUACAGUUUAAGUGUUGUGGUCCCUAAAACAUUAAAAAUAAUAAUAAUUACACAUUUGAGUUUAACUGUCGUACCAGAGGCAGUUUGUCUUUAUAAAAUGUUAUGUAACAAAAAAUGAAAGCACAUGAAAUCACUUUUGGUUGAUGUAUUCCCUGGAAAAAACAAAACAAAAAGAAAACAAGAUAAUUUACCCUUCGAAGCAAGAUUCCAUAUUGUCUAGCACAUUGGCAUUCACAGUUUUGCAGCACAUGUAUGCACACAAGCUUUCAAAACAGGUGCAAACUGUUAGUUUCAACACAAAUGGCACUCACUGUCGCCACACUCUCAAAAGCUCAGCUCAUGCAGUCAGGCUUUCCCACACUCACAUCUCACAUAUGAAUCAACCCAUUCAAACAACAUUCAUAAUUUUACACCAUAAUAAUGACAUUAUAAUAGGACAAAAGCACUGGCACUCCUUUAACUUUCAAAUCAAGGCAUGACGUUCCUCUUCAAAUGAUUAUAUAUAUUGCUCAUUUAAAUGCAUUAUAAACCUAGACAUAUAGAUGAUUCUCUUUGUCCUUACAAAAACCUGAAAGAUUCCAGCUCAAAACUGAAAUACAGCCUAACUAUCAAGACAGAAAAUAUUUUCCAACAAAACAUUUCCAGGAGCAAAUUUGGAAGGUUCGUUAUGCUUUGUGGCACACGAGGUACCCAUUGUGCACCAGGACAUGUCUGCCUGUCCGCCAGAUAUUAGUCAGAUGACUCAUUCUAACCCUUUCUCUAAAGAUUUCAUCAUGAUUUCAACCAUAACCAUAGGCUUUUUCGCAGACAAGACGACAUUACCUAAAUUAUCAAGGGUCAUUUCCACCAAAUGCUAAUGAACCAAAAGAACAUUUCACAGUCGCGAAAACUAAUAAGAUGUAAAACUCUACUGUCAGAGAUUGAUUUUCUCUCACUUUAAGAGUUCUAAGGGAAAGAUAAUCCUCUACUGACUCAAACACAUACUGGUACCUCUCUAAAAUUUUUAUUGCACUUCAACCCUUAUUACAAAUUAAUGAAACGAGUGCUUCCUCCCAGAA